CGACGUAUUACCAUUCUUACUCAUAUUUGAACCUGAACACUCAUAGGCCGUGCUGCGCUGUAAUUCAAUCCUACAUUCUCAUGAGCGCAGCUGCACUUCCCGCCGCGAAAGCUGCCCAAGGAUUCGCUUCGAGAAAACAUGCUUGCAACUCUUUAUUAGUCAACUAUAAAUCGGCAUCAUGCCAUGGGCAGCGUCGGCAGGUCUUCGCACGCGCAGCAGCAGCGGCUAGCCAGCAGCCAAGCAGUAACCCUAAGCCGGGCAAGUGUUGGCUGGUGGGAGCAGGCCCCGGUCCCGCGGACUACCUAACGCUAAAGGCUGUACGACUGCUGGAAUCCGCUGACGUCAUCAUCUACGACGACCUGGGCUCCCAGGAUGCUCUGUCCUUCGCCCGCCCCGGCGCCCAGCUGCUGUAUGUUGGCAAGCGCGGCGGGCGGGAGGGCAGCGCAGCGCAGUACCAGAUCGAUGCGCUGCUGGUGGAGCAGUGCGGCAGGGGUCACCAGGUGGUGCGGCUCAAGGGUGGCUGUCCCUCCGUCUUCUCACGAGUGGCCAGCGAGAUUGCCGCCCUAAGCCAGGCGGGUAUCGAGUUCGAGCUGGUGCCCGGAGUGUCAUCCGCACUGGCGGCACCGCUGAUGGCGGGCUUCCCCCUCACCCACGUCACCCACGCCCCCUCCUUCACCGUUGUCUCCGCCCACGCGCCCGCAUCCACCGACUGGGC